AUGGUGAUGGUGAUGAUGCCGAGGAGAGGGUGCAGGAGCAGGAUUGGAGGCGCGGCAGUGGUGGUGUUGGCGCUGUUGCUGGCGUGUGGUCUUGAAGGUGUGCGAGCGGAUGCAAAGUGCCAUACGUGCAAGUCGCUCGUGUCGCGGUUCGUCAAGGGCAUGGACAGGACAAAGGCGGACGGCUUUGGCGGUGGCAACACCGACUGGGAGGAGAGGUCCCUUGGCGCAUACGCCACAAGUGAGACGCGCUUGCAGGAGAUUCUGGAGGACACGUGUGAAUCGUCCAAAGACCACAGCUGCCAUAUGCAGCUGGAACAGGCAGAGGAGACCAUUGAAGACUGGUGGUAUGACAGGUGCGAUGGCGACGCGGAGGAUACGCUGCGAGAGAUGGUGUGCGAGAAAGCGCUGCGCGUAUGCUGCCCGAACGGUCGGUACGGGCCCAAGUGCAAGCCGUGCCCUGGCGGCGCUGAGAACCCUUGCAGUGGACACGGGCGGUGCAAGGGAGAAGGGACCACAAGCGGCAGCGGCAAGUGCACGUGCCACACUGGCUACAAGGGCAAGAGCUGCAACAAGUGCAAGAAGGGCUUCUACGCCGUGGACGAAGCAAACGGCGAUGAGGACAGCAGCAGCACCACAACCAAUGCCAUCACAUGCCUCAAGUGCAACCCAGCUUGCACAGCCUGCACGGGCCCUGGCACCUCCUCCUGCACAAAGUGCGCCGAGGGCUAUGUGUACGAGGAAGGCAACGGGUGUGUGGACGUGGACGAGUGUGCAGCCGGGACGUUCAAGUGCGCAGGCGACCAGUACUGCCACAACACGCCGGGCAACUACACCUGCCGCUCGUGCCACGCGUGCGAUCCAAGCGCGGGCUGCGACGGUGCUGGGCCAGGCGCCUGCCGGGCGUGUGCUCCCGGUUACAGGAUGAAGGGCGGCGAUGGUGCUGGUUGCGCGGAUGUUGACGAGUGCGAGGAGCAAGGCGAUAGCGUGUGUGCGGAGGGGAAUAAGGUUUGCACCAAUACUCAAGGUUCCUUCGACUGUACUUGCCCUCAGGGCACACGCGAGGUUGAUGGCGCAUGUGUCGACGACAACGACUCGGAAGCGCAACAAGAGGGAGAUGAUAAGAAAUCGCCAGGCCACGACGAGCUGUGA